AUGGAUUGUGAUCUGAUUGACCCUGGUUAUUCGGGUUCUACUUUCACUUGGUGUAAUGGUUGGGCACCUGAGAAGAGAGUGUGGCAAAGGCUUGAUAGAGUGCUGAUAAAUCAUAACUGGAUGAACCUUUUUGAUUCAACCAAUGUAGAUCACUUAAUAAGAACUGUUUCUGAUCAUUUCCCGAUCCUUACUAUGGCUAAUUCUUUUCAAAGGAAUCAUGUCAAGUACUUCAAAUUUCUUGAUUUGUGGACCGAAGAGGAUGAUUUUAAGGAUGUUGUGAACCAAGCUUGGAGUAUGGAUGUGCAGGGAUCUCCUAUGUGGAGAUUUCAUUUGAAGCUCAAAAACACCUGUAGAAAACUUUCUGAAUGGUCCAGAAAUACUGUUGGGAAUAUUUUUUAUCAUGUUUCUAAUUUGGAAAGGCAGGUUUGUGAAGUGGAAAAGCUGAUUCUCAAUGAUAAUUCUGAAAAUAAUAGGUCUCUUCUAAACCAAACCAAUGCCCUUCUCAUCAGAGCCUACAAAAAGGAAGAAGCAUAUUGGAAACAAAAAUCCGGGAUUCAAUGGUUUGUUUAA